CCAUUUUCUGCACUUUAUUGGUCUUGGACUCUUUCGCAUAUAUACCAAACAGCAGUAUCUCCGCCUCUUCUUCUUUUCCUUCUUCUCCAACCCUCUUUCCCCCUCUCCUUCCUUCUGCAUCUCCCCUUCAUUCCGCAUUCUCAUUCCUCCUCUCCUGAUUCAUCUGAUUUAACCAUGGCGGAAGAGAAAAAGAAAUCCCCCUUCGGAAAGGCCUUUGCGCGUACCUUCAGUCGCAAAACAUCGUCUUCCUCUCCUGCAGCGGCCACUCCGGCCCCAGUCGCUGCUGCCACCGUUGCCGCCCCUGCACCAACAAAGCCUGUCGAGACUAAGGAAGCCCUCGCGCCAGCCACGCCUCCAGCCAGUACCGCCAACCCUGUCUCGCCUAUCUCGAUCCCAAAUCCUGACAUGGCGACUGUCUCCCCUCCAGACUCUACCAGCGUCUCGCAUGUUGCCUCCCCAACUCAGCAUACCCAGGACGGCUCGCCAUUGUCGCCCAUUAGCCACUCGGCUCACCCUCGCGAAGGAACCGCACUCUCCAACUCAAGCACCAUGAGCCGUCGCGGUCUCUCUGGCGAGAACGGUGAGGGCCUUAACCCUGCGGAUAUUCUGCUGAACCGUCUCACAGCCUUCAGAGGAGUUGUCAAGAACUUGCAAAAGUACUUUACAGAGGUCGCCGAGGUCGAGACUAGCGUUAGCAAGGCCAUGAACAAGGUGUCGGGCGUGAUUGUGGUUCCCUUCAAGGAUGGACAGCAGUUCCUGGAUAAAGGAGGUCUUCAGGACGUGUGUAUAGGCAUUAGAGACUCUGCAAAGACCAGGAGUGAGCAGCAUGCUAGUGCCGCUCGCUUUGUCGAGGAGAACAUCGCCAAGAAUUUGCGCCGAUUGAAGCAGGAUAUCAAGGGCAGGAUCAAGGCCCUGAAGGCCGAUUCGGGCCUGUACAGCAACAAGGUCUUCAAGGAGCGCGAGGCAACUCAGGAGAAGAUUGCCAGUCUUGCGAAGGCCAUCGGCCUCUUUGACAUGUCUGGCCAGCACCAUCAGCAUGACAUGGAGAAGAUGCAGUCUGAUCCCUUUGUAAUUAACCUCGCACUGAAGCGCCAAUUGGCGAAGCAGGUCCACGAAGAGAAUUUGUUUGCUCGUGCACUGAAGCAAUGCCAGGACGAGAUCAAGACCUUCGAGGCCCACAUCAUCAAGGAGCUCAAGCAGAUUCUGGCAUCCUUUGCGGAAUACCAGCUCAACAACGCUACGAACGCCUUCAGUCAGUCAUGGGCUCCCACGCAGUUGGCUUUGAAUGUCCUCCAGGAGGAUAGCGAGUGGAACAACUUUUCAGAACUCCAUGGCCACCGCCUCUUUCCCUCAGACCUCGUCGACGCCAACCCGAACGACCUUGACUACCCCUGCAAGACAAGCAUCUAUGUCGUGCCUGUCAAGACCGCUCAUCUUAGCCGGCAGUCCUCGGUACUCAAGAGCUGGAAGGACGGAUACUUCGUCCUCACCCUCGCUGGAUGGCUCCACGUCUUCGGCACUGCUGACCAUGAAAAAGAUCCUGUCCCGGAUUAUUCGAUCUAUCUCCCCACAUCCACCCUUGGACCUCACUCAGAACCCAGCCAGAAGCAGCACGUCUUUUCGCUGGAGGGCAAGGGCAAGGGUGGACUCUUACACAGGGAUGCUCAGACUCUCACUCUUCGCGCCAAUUCGAGAGAGGAGAUGUUGGAGUGGUGGAGCGAGAUCUCUAAGCGCGCUCAGUCCUCCACAUUCAUCCAACCUGGCGACGGUAAUCUGCAGGCUAUCUCGCGCUCUGGAUCCGUCGUACACCCCAAGACGCCAGAGCAUCUCCAAGAUCCUUCCCCACCAUAUGUUGCUCAGGAACAUCAUGACGAAAAGGCCGUUGCCGCUAUCCCUGCUCCUGUUGCUGCUUCUGCUCCUGUUGCUGCUUCUGCUCCUGUUGCUGCUCUUGCUCCUGUUGCUGCUCCUGCUCCUGUUGCUGCUCCUGCUCCAGAGCCAAAUGCUGCACCCACCCCUGCUGCACCUGCUGCCACUUCAGUGCCGGCUCCUACCGCUAUUCCCGCUCAAUAGACUGGAAUCCCACAACUUGACGCCUAUACAUUGUAUCUAAUUAAUACCAACAUCUAAUAAAUGCAUCGCGCUGCUUCGCCCACAAGUAAGAGAAGGGAAUAUUGAGCGUG